AUGACAAAUUGUAUCGAUGGUUUGAAAGAGGUAUACCAUACCUACUACAUAUCUAGAUACUCCAGUAGUAGUAUUUGAGUUCUGUAUGAAACAAGGUGUUUGCUAGUGAGAAGAAAACGCACGGAAUUGUACAUAUAAUACAUCGAAAUGAUAUUCACGAAAGAAUCAUUUUUUGUGAUCGUGUUAAUUCACACCACCGCGGCUAUCAAUUUGAAUUUCUUUAACUUCAAUAAAUCACCAGCUCAGAACGAGACCACAACUACGACAAUACCUAUUCAACCGACAAAGUCAUUCUCAUCGUUGAUUGAAGUUACCGAAUCGCCAACACCAGUUCUACUGAAUCAUUCUGCAGCUAUCAUCACCGAAUCUCCAAUCGCAGUUGUAAACUAUUCUCUGUCCGAUUCGAAUGAUAACUUGGUAAUUCUACAGAAACACGAGUUUGAAAAUGAAACCGAAGCUGUGGACGCUUCUCCCGAAAUCACCGAUAAUAAUAACACAUCUUCGGUGCCAAGUCGCCCCGAUAUGCAAGAAAUUGACGAAACGAGGAACUCUACUGUUUACAAAUAUUCUGUAAAUGAGACAAUACUGGAAGAUACGAGUAUUUUCAAUGAAACAACAACGACAACCACAUCCCAACCGACGCCUAAUCUACCAAAUCCUCCAAAAGUAUUCACACCUAGUGCAUUCACGUUACCAAAAAGGAAAACUGUCCAGUUCACUCACACAAUAGUAACCACGAUUACGAGACUUGAAACGGUGUAUCCAUCUUGUGUGAAAAUGGAAAAUGUCAGAUCAGUAUGUGAUGAAACAUUAUUAACUAUUCAACCGACGCCAACAUUAUUCAACCGUGUCGAUUUGAAUACCCAAAUGGCAAAUAUAAGCAAUGACGAUAAUUUUGAUAUUAUCGAACCACCAGAGAGUAGGAGAAAAAGAUCCCAAAAUAGCGCGAUCGCUUCGAAGAAUUUGAAGGAAUCGGAAUCGAACCUACGAGUUGAUUUUAUAGAACCCAGCGAAUUAGACUACGAAUUCGAAGACGUAUUACCUCCUGGAGUCGAAAACAAACAGAAAAAUGGUUCUGAUAAUCUGCAAGGCAGAGGUUCAAACGACGCUACCCAACCACUCGCAAUCGUCGAAUCUCUUUUAUUUAACGAACCCAAAGUUGAAUUUUACACCGCAUACCUGGCUACAACAUCAGUUCGUACGAUCACCAGUAAUGCAGCUACAGCCACAGUCAUAGCUCGCAACUGUAUACCGAAGAAUAUGAAUUUGAAAAAAUGUCCCAUAUCGAAGGAAUUCCAGACGAAAGCUCCCAUUCGACCACCCAAACCAGAAAAUACCAAAUCUACGAUAAAACAACAUAAAGAAGCUGAAACCGAAGAAAACCCAAGUCCAGUCGUUUACAAACCAGAAAAUACGAGUACCAAAUCUACGACGAAACAACACAAAGAGGAAGAGGUUGAAAGUGAAAAAAAAAUCAUCAGUAUUAAACCUAAGCCAUCGACGAAUAAGCCACCAGUACAAUUGCCUCCGCAGCAAAAACCAUUUGAUGCUUUAGAACAACUAAGAGAAUAUUUGAUUAUGAAUGCACAUAGACUUUUUACCGAUAAACCUAAUACACACGAAACUAUUGAUUUGAACGCAGGAUCUACGAUCAUUCAAUCUGCUGAUACAGCGCUAUCUCCAAUAAUUUAUCAUAAAAAAAGAUCUAAUAGAGUUAAAAGACAACGUUAGAAGUAUACUGUGAGAAAAAAUGAUGGAAAUAGUAAUAUGAAAUUAUAUUUAUCUACUAGUCGAAUUAUAAUUAUUUUAUAGAAUGAUUCAACUGAUACGUACCUACCUAUGUACAACAUAUCUGCUACGGACAAAAUAAAGUAAUAUUUUUUCAAUCAAGUAGGUAUGAUUAUAAUUAUAAUGCUCUGUGUAAUUUUCAUUAGUAAACUAGCACUGUUUUUUUUUUUUUUUUUUAUUGUCAAUAAAUAGAUGUACCUAUA